AUGUGUUCUCUUGAUCGUACAUCUCCGAUUCCAAUUGAAAGUCAUUCAUUAAUGUCGAAUGAAACUGAACCUGAAAUCGAAUCAUCAACACCUGAAUUGAAUUUAUUAUUGGAUAAAUUAACUGAAAUUCUCCGAUUUCGUUCGGGUUGUCGUCGACAUUUUGGUUAUCAUCAGCAACAACAACAACAACCAACACAAACACAAUCGAAUUCAACAUCAACAACCAACUUGAAACGCCUACAAUCAGGCAGCAUUGAGCCCUUACAUACGAAUACAUCCGAUGUUUCAUCGACGGGCACAUGGAAAUCGUUGAAUACUCACCAUAAAUCAUCCACUUCAAAACGUUCAUUAAAUCAUCAUCAUUUGAAUUGUCCAAAUAAUGAUAAGAAACGUCGUUUACCAAGUUUAUUACAACGUUUAAUAGAUGAGGGAAAUCUAAUUAAGGAAGCGGUGCGACGUCUCAAAUCGCAACGCUUUUCACAUUCGUACAAACAGCAAACAAACAUUGCAAACACACCAUCAACACCAACGACAAAGUCUUCGUUGCAAUCUCUUCCAAAUGUGACCUUGUCUUCAGCAAGUAUCAAUAUACCUCAACAACUAAGCGACUCACCGACACAAACAACAUCAUCACCCAGUCGGGGAAUAUCUUGGUUCUUAUCAUCAAGUGUAUUUGGUGCAACAAAUCACAGUAGUAAUGGGAGUGGAUCACCAUUACGCAAUUGCUGUUCAUCGGGUACACAUGAUCGAACACCAAUGGAAAUUGGUAUUCACGAGGGAUAA